UGACAUAUACGACAUCCGGGCUCCCAGCUGGCAGGACGUGCUGCCAGCGUUUUUCACUUGAUCCCGUAAUCAAAAGAAUCCACUACACUGGGAGUUUGUAACUUUCACAACUCUUAAAAAUGGCAUCACCGCGUACCAGAAGAAAACUUAACUCUAUACGAACUAUAGACGAAAACCAUAAAUGUUUCGAAUGCGGCACUCUGAACCCGCAAUGGGCGUCAGUGACGUAUGGCAUUUGGAUUUGCCUGGAAUGCUCAGGGGUGCACCGCAGCCUUGGGGUUCAUCUAUCCUUCGUUAGAUCGGUUACUAUGGAUAAAUGGAAAGACAUAGAACUAGAAAAGAUGAUGGUCGGAGGGAACCUCAAAGCGCGUGAGUUCUUCGAGAGCCAAUCCGACGUUAAGCAGAACAUGACCAUUCCUCAGAAAUACAACACCAGAGCCGCGGCCAUGUACCGGACCAAGGUCGCGGCACUGGCUGAGGGCCGACCUUGGAGCCCUGAGGACUAUAAACCGGAGGUGACCGAGCGGCCUGCGGAAUACGCCGCAUCACAGAACUCCUAUUCUUCUGGAGACAACACUUUCCACACUAGUGGAUCUGAUAACAAUAUCAGCUACCAUCGGAAGAAGAAGCUAUUCCCGCGAAGCUAUCAGACCUUCAACACCAGCAUCUCCGAGGACAACAUUAUCUAUCAUGAGUAUGGAAGCGGGCGUUACACCGGUUUUGGGAACACCACUAAGCCCGCCUCGACGCCGAUGUCACCGAUGCACAGCGGCAACGAAAUGGUUGACAACACGCUCGCUUCGCUUGCUUCGGGCUGGUCCAUUUUCACCUCAUCCGUCACCAAGGUGGCUAAAUCGGCCACCGAGAACGCAGUGCGCUACGGCGAGAUCGCCACUCAGAAAGUAUCGGAGAUGGCAUCCACUGUGACUGAGAAGGUGAACAACCGCGGAGGCUGGAGCUCCCUGGGAGGUGCCAGUGAGCUGCGCCGUGCCAGCAACUCGAGCGCACAGCACCAGCCGCAGAGCUACGGAGCCAUGAAGAGCUCCACCUCGGAGCCCUACUCUCAAUGGAACGAACAGAGCCAGCCGUGGAAGGAGUCGGUGACCACCCGUAACAACCUGGAUUCCCGCGACCUGUCCCAGGUCGGCAUCUCCAGCCCGCCGCCCGACAUCAAGAGCAUCACCGUCAAGAAGAAGCCCGACGACGACUCCUGGGACUGGCUGAACAACUGAGCAGGCAGGUCUAUCCAUCUAGAUUC